GGACAGAAUAAGAAAAUAAGAAAGCCUAUUAUCAAGAUCAUAAGCCAAGUCUUCUUUGUUUCUUUGCAUUUUUUAAAAACCAACCCCUCCAAUUCUCCAAAUCCUCUUCACCAAAUCUUACCAAAUCAUAAACCCACCUCUUAAAUUCUCCCCUCUACAAUACCCAGAUCUUAGUUUUUGUAAAUUUCUUAAAUUUAUUGAUAUAAAUAUGUUCUUUCCCCUGUUUCUGUUUUUGUGUUGGCUACAGUGAAUGAGCUUCCCUAAUUCAGUUUCAGGUUUAAUUCAAGCACUUUGGUGUUGUAUGAAUAUAUGUAGUGUUUGUUUGUGUAGUGUUUAUCAUUAUAGAUAUUCAAGAAUUGUUUUUAGUGAUAAAAAUCUCGUCUUUAGUGUUUAAGCGGGUGUUCUGUUUCUGUUGAGAUUUUCUUGGAAAUUGAAACAUGGGUGUUCAAAGAGACAUAGUUAGAUUUAAUGUUGGAGGUAGAAUCUUUGAGACAACAGCUACAACACUGGCUAAUGCUGGGAGGAAUUCAUAUUUCGGAGCAAUGUUUGAUGAGAAUUGGGACCUUAUAGUUGAGGAUCAGAGUAAGGAACAUUUUAUUGAUCGAAACCCGGAUUGUUUUUCAAUCCUUCUUGAUCUUUUGAGGACAGGGGAGAUUUAUUUGACCUCGAAUGUGCCUGAAAAAUUGUUGUACAGAGAAGCCCUGUUUUAUGGGCUUCUUGAUCAUGUCAGGACUGCCAAGUGGGGAUCAUUUGAUGGGAAUAGGCUCCGUUUAUCGCGGUCUGUUAAUGGAAGGGCUCCAGGCGACGGGACAGCCAUUCGUGCUGGUCCGGAUGGUGGAUGUUGUGUGGCUCAUGGUAGUAUGGUUCAUGUGUAUGAUUGGAUGCUGGAAGAGCAUUCUCCAAUCAAUCUUGAUUACCAGAGAGUUAAUGAUGCAGGUUGGAUUAAUCCCGACCGCCUCGUCGUUAGUGCUUGCGAGAGGCUUGGUCGUGGAGAUGGUGGAAUGGGAUUGUUUAGUACAUCAGCAGGGGAGCUAAGGUACAAAUUUCAUGUCUCACAUGAAAAUCAGGUCAAGAGUUAUACUGCUGGUGCCUUAAGUUUUAGUUCGGAUUACAAGAUUUAUUCGAGCUGUAAAGGCAGGAGUAAUGAGUAUGGGAUUGGAGUUUGGGAUCAAAAUACAGGACAACAAGUUGAUUUUUUCUAUGAACCACCUGGUUGGUCACUUGGAGAUGCAGACAAGCUUCAGUGGUUAAAUGGCACAAGUUGCUUGUUAGUGUCAACUUUGUUUCCAAGAAAAGACAACUGUUACAUUAGUUUGUUAGAUUUUAGAGCCAAGAAGAUGGUCUGGGCUUGGUCUGAUAUUGGAACUCCUAUAAUCGAUGAACGAAUAUCAGAUGAGAGACGAGUCCGAGAUGCCAUUGCUAUGGAAGACACUAGUUCAAUCUGCGUGGUAAAUGAAUUUGAGGACCUGGGAUUUAUGGAUUUAAGAAGUAGAGUUGGAAGUGUGAGAUGGAGCUCAAGAAGUCGACUAAUGAAAGGGAAAAUGCCCGAUGAGCCAUGUUAUCCUAAACUAGCGUUGCACGAGGGUCAAUUGUUCUCUUCAAUGAAUGAUAGCAUCUCAGUGUUCUGUGGCGCUGAUUGGGUAUUAACAUCAAGGCUUAGGAGAAGCUAUGGAGGCUCAAUCUGCGAUUUUUCAAUUGGAGGUGAUCGCCUUUUUGCUCUUCACAGUGAAGAAAACGUGUUCGAUAUAUGGGAAGCUCCCCCUCCACCUAUCAUGUCAUCCUGAUUCCAGUGUUGUUUUUAAGAUUAAGUUUCUUAUGUUUUUAUCGGGUUUUUUUUUUUUGGUUUGUUUUGGUACAUAUAUCAGAGAACGAAACUAUAGAUGAUCCUUAUAGAGAAAAGAGGCAUAUUGAGUAGAGGAUUUUAUUUUUAUCUGUGUGACAGAACUGAAACUGAUGUCUUAACAACCAAAAGAAGAUAUGCUUCUGUAAGAAGUUAGAACCACUUGCUCUCUUUUGAGAUCA